UUCCAGAUGUGAUUAAACUCCUUCGACUCGCUUCAAACUAUAAUUCUUUUUAGCUGUCUUAUUCUUGAAAGUGGAUACCAUCUAUCGGUACAAUGAGUGGUUUGCGACCUCAUAAUGAUAAAGACGACGGUCAAGGGGAGCAGCUACAGCACGGAUUUCAGAUCGGAAUAACAAGAGAGGUUAAAUUAGUUCAUCGCGUCUCUGCACAGCAGUGCGAAGAAGAUAUUGAAGACCUUAAGAAGCAACUCAUCGACAAAAACAAAGAGAUCGGAGAUUUGAGAAAGCGUGUGAAAGAGCUUGAGACAAAGAACAGUGAUCUUGAAUUCCAACUCAAAAACAAGUGUAGUGAAGUGAACAACCUGAACAAGAGAAUUCGCAAGCUUGAAGAAGAGAAGAAAAGUAUCGAACAAGAGUUAGAGUCAGUGAAGGUAAACUUAGCGUCCGUGAACCUUAACUUGAAGACCGUUAAGGAAACAGUUGCCGAGCUCUCUGAUUCAAGAGAAGUCCAGGAACGAAAGAACCUCGAGCUGGAAAGAAAGAACUUCGAGCUGGAAAGAGAGAUGAAAGACGUGAGCAAUUCUCUUGAAAAUGUUGAAGAAGAAAACAAGCAAUUAAAAGCUGAAAUUCAGCAAGUUCGAAGGCACCAACGCUACGUCGAAGGCGCACCAUUACGUUUACCAGUACCCGCUGAUGAACAAAAUUUCGCGAUGAUGGUCCUCGCUCAAAUGGCGUGCUGUAUUUUAAGUGCGAUGUACAAGGUAGUAUUGCCAGAUUACUACACACCUGUGAUCAACUACACUGUUGCCAUGAUUGACGAAGACAUCCAAAAUUUGCCUAAAACCGAGGAAGAGMGAUGURAAGCCAUCAARCGGUUKGAAAAGUUGAAGRAAAGUUUGAACUGGACUGAAGAMAAGGCAAAGAUCCUCCAAAUACUUCAAGAAAGUCGCAACUCCAUAGAUUGGAAUUCUCAAAACCUUGAAGAGAAGGUGAUUCAAGAUUGCACGAAGUACUUGCAUCAGGAGAAUAUUCUGAAGGGCUGGUUGAAUAUUGAUCACAUCACUGGACUUAUCGAAGUGUGGAAAAGACUCAACUCUUCUACAACCUUGGUCACAAAAAACUAAGCUGUUAUAAACACCAUUUGCAGGCAUGUUUCUACUUAAUUUGUAAUACUUUGGACGGUGACUAAUUUAAAAAAUGGCUGAUCACAAGCAAUAUUUUGUGAACGAUAAAGUAAACGUUUUCAUAACGAUUUUUUUUAUUUUUUUUUAUUGCUCUAUAUGACGAUUUUACUUGUGCAAUAUGCAUUCAAGAAUCUAGCGAAAUCAUCAAAAAUUGCAUGCCUGACACUAAACAAUAUCAAAUUCCUUAAUUUAAAGUAGUUCUGAUCAUUAGCUUUGAGUUCAACUCUGCUUUUCCUGUUCACUAGGAGCUCUUUUUUACAAAUCUUAUUUCUGACAAGAAUUCUUUGAUUUUGAGAGUU